CCGAGCUGAGCCCCCAGCGCCCCGGGGAGCCGCCAUCCCCAGGGCGCCCAGAACCGCCACCCUCCCAGCACCCCGCCGGGGCCUUCAGCCUCGGCUGCCUUCCUUCCUCCUCCUCCUCCGCCUCCUCCUCCUCCCCCCACCCCGCAGCCACCACCCUCCCUCGCUCCUUCCCCAGGGCCUGCCUGGCAUGGAGGUGCUGGCCGCGGGGAGCCGGAUGCUUCCCGCGGGCUGCAUCCCCGCUGCCCCGCAUCCCCGCGCCCGCAUCCCCCGUGCCCCGCAUCCCCCCGCCCCGGCAGAGCCCUGAGCCGCCCGGAGCCGCCUCCUUUGUGCGGCGGAGCGGCUGUGCGGGGUCCGUCCCCCACCCCGCACCCCCCGGCUCGGGGGUGGCCCGCGGGCGAGCGGGAGAGAUGCUGCCCUCGCCGGAGGAGCCCAGCGCGGGAGGUCGGCGGCCAGAAGCAGCGCCCAGCACCGCUCGAUGCUGACGCCCCCCAGGACCGCCGGAUCCCCCCGUUCCCUCCUGGGCCGUCCCCACGCCAUGUCCCAGCGGAGCCGCCGCCCCUCUGCCGGGGGCUCCCCGCGCAGCCCCGCGCGUCCCCGGAGCCUCGGCGCCGCGCCGUGAGCGGGGCCCCAUGAGCGGGGGAGCAGAGCUGCGGGAUGGCCUCGCUGGACCUGCCGUACCGCUGCCCGCGCUGCGGCGAGCACAAGCGCUUCCGCAGCCUGUCCUCGCUGCGCGCCCACCUGGAGUACAACCACACCUACGAGACCCUCUACGUGCUCUCCAAGACCAACAGCAUCUGCGACGCCGCCGUGUUCCCGCUGGCCGCCGACGGCGCCCUGCUGGCCCCGGCCGCCCGCAGGGACUACUUUGAGAGCACCUCCUUCCAGGGCAAGGACCAGCGCUUCUCCUGCGACCUGGUCCCCGCCGACGAGCUGGAGCCGGCGCCGUCGUCGUCGCCGUCGCCCCGCUAUGUGCACGAGAUCGAGAUCCCGCUGAGCGAGAUCUUCAGCCGCGGCAAGGCCGUGGCGCCCGCGCCCGUCCCGCCGGCCGCCGUGGACUCGGCCUACGAGGAGGGCCUGGCCCGCCUGAAGAUCCGCGCCUUCGAGAAGCUGGAGGUGGACAAGAGGCUGGAGAAGCUGACGGAGGAGGUGGAGCAGAAGAUCGCCUCGCAGGUGGGCCGGCUCCAGGUGGAGCUGGACCGCAAGAGCUCGGAGCUGGAGAAGGCCAAGCAGGAGAGCCUGCGGCUGAGCCGGGAGAAGCAGGAGCUGGAGGACCGGGCGUCGGAGCUGUCCCGCCAGGUGGACGUCAGCGUGGAGAUGCUGGCGUCCCUCAAGCAGGACCUGGUGCAGAAGGAGCAGGAGCUCACCCGGAAGCAGCAGGAGGUGCUGCAGAUCGACCAGUUCCUGAAGGAGACGGCGGCGCGGGAGGCCAACGCCAAGGUGCGGCUGCAGCACUUCAUCGAGGAGCUGCUGGACCGCGCCGACCGCGCCGAGAAGCAGCUGCAGAUCAUCAGCAGCAGCUGCGGCACCACCCCCAAUGGCAGCCUGGGCCGCUGCGGCACCCCGGCCACCAAGGCCAUCGCCCGGGCGGGACCUCUGCGGGCACAGAGAGAGCGGCUGGCGGGGCCGGCGGUGGCCGCGCACGGUCCCUACGGCGGCGUGUCCAACCAGCGCUCGUCCUCCAGCACCGGGGCCUCGAGCCGGGCCAAGGCCGUGUCGCAGAGCUCGGGCUGCUAUGACAGCGACAGCGCGGAGCCGUGUCCCACGGACGACGCGGCCGAGGGCCACCUGUUCGCGCCGCGGGAGGCGCGGGGCUCGGGGCUGCGCCGCCAGGCCAUCCAGAACUGGCACCGCCGGCCCUACCGCAACAGCACCGAGGGCGAGGAGGGCGACGUGUCUGACGUGGGCUCCCGCACCACCGAGUCGGAGGCCGAGGGCUGGGAGCCCGAGGCGCCGGGAUCCGCCGCGUCCCGCCCGCCCGGCAGCUGCCGCCUGACGGUGGCCACCGACGCCGGGUGUCCCACGGGCAGGCCCGAGGGGGCCGGGGGCAAGGUGUGCCGGCUGGAGCGGGGCAGCCCGGGCCACUGCAGCGAGGUCAUCAGCCCCGAGAUCCUCAAGAUGCGGGCGGCUCUCUUCUGCAUCUUCACCUACCUGGACACCAAGACCCUGCUGCGCGCAGCCGAGGUGUGCAAGGACUGGAAGUUCGUGGCCCGACACCCGGCCGUGUGGACACGGGUGCUGCUGGAGAACGCCAGGGUCUCCUCCAAGUUCCUGGCCAUGCUGUCCCAGUGGUGCACCCAGAUGCAUUCCCUCACCCUGCAAAACCUGAAGCCGCGCCAGCGGGGCAAGAAGGAGAGCAAGGAGGAUUACAUGAAGAGCACACGGGGCUGCCUGGAAGCGGGGCUGGAGUCGCUGCUGAAGGCGACGGGCAGCAACCUGCUGAUCCUGCGCAUCUCGCACUGCCCCAACGUGCUGACCGACCGCUCGCUCUGGCUGGCCAGCUGCUACUGCCGCGCCCUGCAGGCCGUCACCUACCGGAGCUCCACGGACCCCGUGGGCCACGAGGUGAUCUGGGCCCUCGGAGCAGGCUGCAGGGACAUCAUCUCCCUGCAGGUCGCACCUCUGCAUCCCUGCCAGCAGCCGACGCGCUUCAGCAACCGCUGCCUGCAGAUGAUCGGGCGCUGCUGGCCCCACCUGCGCGCCCUGGGCGUCGGCGGCGCCGGCUGCGGCGUGCAGGGCCUGGCCUCCCUAGCCCGGAACUGCAUGAGGCUGCAGGUGCUGGAGCUGGACCACGUGGCCGAGAUCAACCAGGAGGUGGCUGCUGAGGUGUGCCGCGAGGGGCUCAAGGGGCUGGAGAUGCUGGUGCUGACGGCCACCCCCGUGACCCCCAAAGCCCUGCUGCACUUCAACAGUGUGUGCCGGAACCUCAAGUCCAUCGUGGUGCAGGUGGGCAUUGUGGACUACUUCAAGGAGCCCCACAGCCCCGAGGCCAGGAAGAUGUUUGAGGAGAUGGUGAACAAGCUGCAGGCCCUGAGGAAAAGGCCCGGCUUCUCCAAGAUUUUACACAUCAAGGUGGAAGGAGGCUGUUAGCCCUUCAGGGAGCCCAAAGCACAUUCCCUGCUCUGCUCAGCCCGGGGGAGCCCUGAGCCCCAAGCCCGAGCGGGGACCCCCGGCUGGGCACCAGGAACCCCAAACCCUCGCCGGCCUUCGGGGCCGCUCUGGGUGACAAGGUGCUACUUAAGGACCAUUUUUGGCUGCCCCCAGAGGCAGGGCCGUGCUCUUUGCCAGGAGGGAAGAUGGCUCUGCAGCCCGAGGAUCCGCGUUUGGGGACGGCUGCUCCGCGGAGCUCUGCUCUGGGGACCCCUCACCCCCGUCCUGGGGCUCUUGGCCGCGCUGGCACUGCAGCCCCGGGGUGAUGGACGUGGGGUGGGAAGGGGCUGCUCCUCCCCCGGCAUUCCUGCAGGGUUUCUGCUCCUUUUCACUUGGGAUCUGCCGGAGGGGAUCCAAACCCGGGGAGACGCUGCCGGGAAGCAGCAGGCAGCACAGCACAAGCCCAGGAGCAGAGCUGCCCCUCGGGGCUCUGGGAGCCACAGGACACCAGAGAUGGGCGCUCUCCGGAGGGCUCCAGCCUCGCCUGCUCUCCACCAGCCCCUCCUGCCAAGGCAAUAAACCAUCUCCACAUCCUCGCCCAGCAGGACACGCGCUCCCGUCCCCACCGUCCACACCCAGACUCGUCCGGGGUCAGCUGUCCCGUGUGGAGAGAGGGACUGUCACGGGACACCCGUGUCACGGGACACCCGCGUUUGCCUUCCCGAGCAGCCUGAAGGAGAAACCCUGGCCAGAUUACCCUGAAAUGAUCCUGGCAAAAGCACCGACCGACAGCCCCGGCUGACCCUCGUCUGCAGCCACCGUUUUCUCAAUCUGAUUUUUCUUCUGAGUGUCCUCAGCCGGCAAGGACAGCAUCACCCCUGAAAUAUCCUUUUUCCAUGGGAAAAGGCUCUGGAAAGCAUCCAGCAGGGUCAGGCACCUCCGUGCUCCACCCUGGGGAGAGGGUACCGGGAGGUGGCCCCGGGACUGGGGACCCCAUCAGAGCACUGCCAGCAGUGGGGACAGCCCGGCCGUACCCACAGCCCCGGCCCCGGCCCUUGGACCCCCGGGCUGAGCAGAGAGGAGCCACUGGGACAGCGGAUCUGGGGCUUUUCCCUCUUCUCUGGAGCGGCGCUGGAGCUUUUGGUGCCUCCAAAAGCUCCCAGAGCCUGUCCCCUCCCCAGCCCUCCUGGAGCAAGGGGCUCACGUGGAGCGUCCCCCCAGGAGGCAGCGGGCUGCAGAUCCAGCACACGCCCCUGACCCAUGGCACGAGAGCUGCUGACCUCCGCUGGGGCUGCCACAGAGCCCGUGGGGAUCCCCAGAGCAAGGAAAAUCACCCCAAAUCGCCGAGGCUGGUGGGGCUCUGGGGGCAGCUCCAGACCCUUCCGCCAGCCUCCAUCCCACCCGCGCUGUCUGCUCUGAAGCAGGGUGGGCUUCUGUGGCCACAGCCCCGCGGGAGCAGCCCUGCUCCCCCUCCCACGCAGCUUCCCGGGAGAAGGCUGUUCCUGAAUGCACAAAACGCGGGAGCCCAAAAACGCCUGCGAGGAGCUCCUGCAGCCCCAGGUGCCACGGGUGAGCUCCCACUGCCUGCCGUGCCCACCGUGGGGCUACCUCCACCCCGGGGAGCCCGGGACGCUCCUGACCCAGGGGCCAGAGGAGCACGGCAUGCCCCGACCAGCAAAAUCCACCCAGCAGAGCCGCAGCCCCCGGGGGCCGCCCAGCCCCGGGCAGGAGCGUGGCCCAGGGGAGAUGGAGGCACCACAGCGCAGGGACUGGCAGAAUUCCCUUCAAAACACAAAACAAAACAAAAUACCUAUUUAUUUCUAUAAAGAGAAGAAGGAAAAAAAAAAGAUUUUAAAGGAAAAUUAUAUACUCAGCAUGUUUAUACACUCUAUGCUUAAAGACUCUGGCGGCCCAGAGUGGUGGCCCAAGCCUGGAGGCGGCUGCUCCGGGUGUGCCUGGAGCCUCUCCCGGCUCCUGGGGAAGGUGAGGACGAGGAGAUGGAAAGAGGGAGGAGUGAGGACUCUCAGAGAAGCCUUCUGUGCCAGCAGAAGGGGUCAGCGGCUGCGUGUGGUGGCGUUGGUGACCCUGUGACGAGCCCAUGCCCGCGCUGCCCCGGGGCUUUGGACCGGAGGAGCCUCUCCUGGAUUCGGAGGAGCCUCUCCUGGAUUCGGUGCUUUGGGGCAUCCCCAGGACAGAUCAAACCCUCCCGUCCCCUCGGGGCAUUCCCGGAAAAGCCAGCUCAGCAAAGCCACCUUUUUACAAAAAUCCUCUGACGACAGCAGACCGUGAGCGGGUUCAAGGAUUGGAAGAUGGAAAGUGGGGGUUUCUCCUGUUUUGCUUGGGCUUGAAUGGAUCCCUUCCUCCUCCUCCCGGCUGGGGAUGAAGGCGGCUGGCACAGCGACACGAGUGGUGAGGAGGAGGGCCCUCCUGGUGGCUCCUAAUUGCCCAGCUUGUUAACGAGCUCAUUAAGGGCUCUGAAAUGUCAGGCGGAUCCUGCCCCUGCGGCUUCCUCCGCCCCAUCCCCGCGGGAGGCUCCGGCCGCGCUGCCCCGGCCCCGGAUCCACCUCGGGAUCCACUCCUGGAUCCAGCCCUGGAUCCACCCCUGGAGUGACCCCUGGAUCUACCCCUGGAUCCACCCCUGGAUCCACCCCUGGAUCCACCCCUGGAUUCACUCCUGGAUCCACCCCAUGAUCCAGCCCUGGAUCCAUUCCAGGAUUCACCCCUGGAUCCACCCCGAAUUCACCCCUGGAUCCACCCCUGGAUCCACCCCGGGAUCCACCCCUGGAUCUACCCCAUGAUCCAGCCCUGGAUCCAGCCCUGGAUUCACCCCUGGGUCCAGCCCUGGAUCCACGCCUGGAGUGACACCUGGAUCCACCCCUGAAUCCACCCCUGGAUCUACCCCUGGAUUCACCCCUGGGUCCAGCCCUGGAUCCACACCUGGAUCCACACCUGGAUCCACCCCUGGAUCCACACCUGGAUCUACCCCUGGAUCCACCCCUGGAUUCAGCCCUGGGUCCAGCCCUGGAUCCAGCCCUGGAUCCACUCCUGGAUCUAGCCUGGGAUCCACCCCUGGAUUCACCCCUGGAUCCACCCCGGGAUCCACCGGAGCCUCAGCCCCGUUUCCUCUGAAGCAAUGGGAACACCCAGAAAUGCCCAGUUUCCUGGGAAUGCCUUCAAGCCACAGCACGCUGAGCUCAGCCCCGAUGGGAAGUGCCAGAGGGGCUCUGCGAUGACAAUCCCGGUGAAAUCCAGGGAUCCGGGGAGAGGACUGGGCUCUCAGCCAUGGCCAGAGCUGGCAGGGGCUGCAUGGACCGUGGCUCUGGGCCUGGCUCCUGCAGGACCUGCUUUGGGGAGAUUUAUUCCUUUUCCGAUGCGUUUUCUCAAAGUUUCCCCGUGGCUGGCAUUGCCAGCGUUCCCCUCCUGCUCAGUUUGGGCAGGGAUUUCCAGAGGAACAUCACCACCAAAGGCAGCUCGGGGCCAAAGCCAGCCCAAACCCCUGGCUCUGUGUCCCCGUGUGGAUUCCACUCCCAGCCCCGGGAGCCAGGGAUGCUCUGGGGAUCGGGGGCCUCCUCCUGCCUUGUCCCCCUGCCUCGGGGCUCCAGGGUGGCAGGGACUGAGGGAAAGGGACCCCAGGCUGGCUCUGCCCCACCAGGAUUUUAACCCUCUCUGUCCCUGUUCUUGCCGUGUGUCCUGGUCCCUGCUGCCACCAAGGGCACGGCCAUGGCAGGGGCUUGUCUGAAUCCCCCAAAAGAGCCUGGAUUUAGGGAAAACAGAACAAAAACCAACCAGGAGAAGCGUUGGUAAUGGCUCCUGAAGUGGUUAACAGAUGUUUUCCUUCAGCCUUUAGGGGAGACCCCAGCCCAGGAGCUGGAGCGUUGCUUCAGCCUCAUCUCGGGGUGAGAAACAGCAGGUUGGGCUGGAGCAAAAGCUUUUGGGAACUGGUGCCAAAUGAGAAAGUGCUUUAAAAGGGAAAAAUCCCAGGGAGCAGGGAGAUGCUGGGAAGCAGAGAUGGUUUGUUGUGAGGUGGUGAUGGACCUUCCCCAUCAGUGGGAGGCAAAUUAAUCCCUGGGGAGGGUGGGAGAGCACCGAGGGAAAGCUGCUGCAGCAGCGAGGAGGGAAAACUGCCCAAAAGCAAGGAAAAAAAAGGGAUUUUCUAAUGCAGCCUCGGGAUUGAGCCCGUGGAGGGCAACGAGGCAGGUUGGGGCCGGGGACAAGUGGGUGCAAUGGUGCGGGGCAGUUUUUGGGAAGCGAGGGGGCAAUGCACAGUUGCUUUGAGAUAAUCAGAGGAGAUAAUCAGUGCAGAGAGCAGAGAUAUAUAAAUCAGGAACUGGAAUCAUUCCCUACAGCCCUGGUUGGCAGCGGUGUACAGCGACCUCCCCUCCCCAGAGCUUCCCGUGGCCUCCCUCCCAAGUUAUUUUUUUAACUCUCUAUAAAUUUAGGUCUAUUUUAGUCUUUCUGCAGCGAUGUGCCAGUGUCUGGAGAACCAAACAUCCCUGUCUGCCCCAGCCCUGGCCCCUGGAUGCCCGGGCAGCCCUGGGAGGGCAGGGCUGGGGCAGCAGGGCCAGCUCCGGCCAGCAGCCCCUGGUUUAGCACUUUGGUUGGAACUCUCACCUGUAGACGCACUUUGAUGUUGUUGCUUUGAAACUUUGGCAAGUGUAAACAAUGUGUAUUUAAAGAAUUACAGAGAAACGACCCCAGGCAAGCGUGUAAAGAGCUAUUUUAUGACUCGGUGUUGAAUAAAGACUCUGGAGAUC